CUUUGGUUGCUGAAGAAAAUGACUCAGAAAAUGUCAAAUUACUCGUCUCAAAUUUCAAGACAAGUCGAAAAUCCAUCAUUUAUUGCUUCUUUAUUGUAAUACCUUUCUGUUCCUACCGUUAUUUUUAAAAUGCUUUCAGAAAGUGACAUGAAACAGCUUAAAAUAAACUCUGGAUCUCAUUUUGCAUAAAUUUCCCAAAUGUUUACAUUCAUAACAUUGGAAUAUUUACAACAUCAACGGUGGCUUCAUUUUGUAAUAUACUGAAGUCUUGCCAAGUCAACAUGGACUCCUGGCAAAGCGACGGGGCGGAUGAUUCCGAUGGUGAAAUUGUGGAGAUUAUACCAGUGGAAGAAUACGAUGUCCAGAAGGCAAAAGCUCAAGCCUCCCUGUCGUGGUUAUUGGGCAAGGCUUACCAAGAUAAAGUCCCCACAGAGUUCCAGCAACCAUUCUAUGACACAGGGGAGGGAGUGUGGCAUGUAAAGCCGAGGUUAGCCAACCUUCUGGCAAGCAGUGAGUUGUACUGUCAGGCGUGUAGACACAUGUUUGGGGAAAAUGCCUCACAGUGGACAGGUCACUGGAGCAUCAUCCAGGUUCUGUCGAGGAAGGGAAUCUACGCUGGGGGCUCGGACUCCGGGGACGUUACUGAGACCAUUCUUAUGCAGUCAGCUCCAUUUAAACUGAAAGCCCACAUCGCCCUUAUUGACGCCCUGAUGACAGCAUUCAGCCAGGAGAUACUCACAGUAGAACGUGUCACCCAGACUGUUAGGCGGUUUGCUACAUUCAACGCUUCCAGUGAACUACCAGGUGAUGUAUCGGACGCAGCAUUGUUUUGGGUGAACAAGGUGUGUGUAACCGUACAGCGCCACUUGGAGGCCACACAGUCCCCUGUCAUAGAGGGUGGGGAAACCAGCCAGAAGGUGCGAAUCGUGAGUGCCCGUACUCCGCGGGAGUCAAUCUCUGUGCCAAUUCUUGAGUCUCUUGUGGAAGAUAUCGGAGACGGCUGCUCCAUGGCCACACUGCUCAGUUUUUACUGCCCUCAGAUACUCAACAUUGAUGAUGUGUGUUUGAAAACCAAUGUUGGUAUUGCUGAUUCGCUGUACAAUCUGCGGCUGGUAAAAACGUUCUGUCAGCGCCACCUGCCCCAUCGGACCUGGCACUUUACAUUCGAGGACUUACUGUACACACACGCUACAUUGACUGUCAACAUUAUCAUGAUGCUGGCUGAGUUCUUCUACUGGUUUGAGAUUAAGACCCUGCCCAUUGUGACCGGAGCUGGGUUAAAUACAGCAGCUGGUGGUAAAGAAAAUAUCACUCGUCCCCAGUCGUCAUCUGUCCCCCGCGUGGCCAAUGUUCCCAGCGUGAGUAACGUGACAAAGGCCAGUUUCCAGCGUGUACGAGGGGACAGUGAGCUCCGGGCUAGUAGCACCCCUGACCUAAACAAGAUGUCCCCGUCUUCGUCAGCCCCUCCCCCUCACAGGGCGGGGCCCCUGCUGCAUAAACGACACGAGACACAUGGCAGAGAUGGCAACCACCUCACUGAGCCACAAGCCAGUGUCCAAAGAGCCAAUUCCCUGACAUCACAUGACCUGAGACGUCCAGCCCCACCCCGGGAGUCUAUAGUUGCCUGGCCGGAGAAAGGGCAUGGUCAGACAGGCAUGCCCAGUGUUUCCCUCAGCCAUGCUGGCAUUAACCUGCUGGCCAACGUCAGUAUAGACUCCGACCUUGGUGCCAGCUUCUCCAGUACAAGUAUUGACCUUGGCGAUCUUGGAGCGACCCCGCGGACUGACCGGUCACAAUUUGAUCACCCUACUUCACAGCAAGAUGGUGAUGGUCAGGGCAAUAACGUUAUCAGUUUUAGCCUUAUGAACAAAAAAGGCACACCAUUUCCUACUCAAAAUCAGACUCCAGUACCAGAGGAUUUAGAGCUAGAGAGUGUGAACUCUUGUACCUCCAGACAUGGAGAGUAUUCACAGAGAGGUGACUCUGUAGAACCCAAUGUGAACUCUUUAAUUGGAGGAAAUUUAGAACCUCUACUUCCUGCAAGGUUAAAACCAGCAAAGGAGAAAGGGAAUAAUCACUCGAAAGAGGAAGAAAGAGAUGAAACGCCUAAAAGAAAAACACCUUCGCCUCCUAAAGUGAAGAAAAAAGUGAACAUUGAUCCUCAUUUAGCCAUUAUAAACAAUUCUCAAUCAUGUGAUAUUGAACAAACUGUGACUCCCACAAAUGAAUCUCAGAACUUGUCUGUGGAUUUUAAUCUUUCUCCUUAUACACAAAGUACGCAAGCAGAAGGUGGUUAUCAACUGCCACAUGCCAGUGAUCAUCCAGACAACAAGAAGUUUGAGGCAUUCUUUGUGAGAGGAAGUGUAACAGAGUCUGAAGAUAAUAUACCCACUCACCGUAGUGAUAUUACAGUGGCCGAGAGUUACGUUGUUAACAACUGUGACACUCCUGAGGCAGCGCGGGCUGCUGGUAUACCCAUUAUAGAUGAGACCGAGACUUCCCCUCAUCGACGACUGUCGCGGGAGGGCAGUGUGGCCAGUAGUAAAAGUUCUGGGGAUUUUUCGGACCAUGAGUCUCACAAAAUACAUGCUGACCAUAAGACUAGGGAGAGCCUGAACAAAAUAAUUAAUAACAAUGACAUUGGUAGAAUCGAUGAGAACGCUUUGUCAGAUCCAAGCAGGUUUAUAAUUCAGAAGCCAGUAAUAAUGUCAAGGGUACCGAGGGAGACUGGUAACCAAACUGGGCCUAAAGGCCAGGCCACAUCAUUUUCUCAGAUUAAACAUAUGAAACAGUUGGGACAGAUUGAUAACUCUGGAUUUGUUUACAUGCAACAUGGGCAAGACGAAAGCAAGGGACGGCCAACAUCAUUGCGAGAUGCUUUUCAGAGGAAAGCACAGGAAAAGAAGUCUCCUCUUGGCAGUGGGUCUGGAGACAGGCAAGAGUUAAGUCAGUCUGAAGCAACGGGAGACAGUUCUGCAGAAAAUGGGGCCGUAAGUCAGGAGCUAAUUAAGAUAAAGAUGAAGCUCGAAGAGAAAAGGAAGGCCAUUGAAAGGAAGAAACACACCCAGGAGAUUCAACAGCAGAAAAUGCGACAGAGGCUAGGGAAGGCUGCUUUCCUUCAUGUUGUUGCGAAACCGAAAGAUGACUCUGAGGCAACAGAGAGCAAUCAUGUAGAAAAUGGUGCUCCACCAGCUAGAAUGACACUUUCUGACCCUCAGCUGCCACUAGCACCAGCUAAUAUGUCUCCCCAGCUGAUCUCCCCUGCACACCAGCAAUCUCCCAGACACAGAGGGGACAUCCAGAAGACAAUAGAAAAUGUACGCAAAAACUGGUUCAAUGAGGCUGACCCUCUAGGGGCUAAAGCUAUGGACCGCAGUGAAUGUGAAAGUCCUGAGCAAAGCCAAUCAAGUAAUGGUGUAUACUUUAAUAGAGAUGAUGAAAUGCAGAGCUCCCAAGAAAGCCAGGGUAGCCAAAGUAGCCAGGGGAGACGACCUGUGUUUGAUCGGAGAAGCACCUCUGUUGAAAGAGUUAGUUCCCUUGCAGAGAGUUUUAGAUCUCCUCAAGAUAUUGAAUCUCCUCAUAGGGAAAGCCCUAGCAGAGGUUUUGAUAGACGGAGUGGUUCUAAAGAGCGAUCAGUUUCUAGUCAACAACAACCAGUAUCUCAACCAUUUGUGCCAGCGUCAGCUGAACUUCAGCUAUCUAGAGCUGUCCCUGAGCAAAUGCCAAGAGGCGAAGAUGUCGAGCGAAGGAGUGUGUCAGUAGAGAGAAGCCCAAGGCCUGAGGCCCGCAAAGAACCUUGUCCACGAGUACAGAGGAGUGGCUCUUAUGAUGAGUACAAUCAUUCAAUAGAUAAGCUGAAUCAGAGCUUAACUGACCUGCAAGGAGAAAUUAUGAAACUUUCUCUGAAGCAAAUCAAGCAGAGGUCUGAGGCGGCCAAGGACCAGAGGUCAAGGUCAAAGUCUCCGCCAAAUAUGCUGGAUGUCAGACAGAAGACCAUGCCUGAAAGGGAUAGCUCAGAAGGUGAAGGUCAGGGUCAAGAUGAGAGGUCACGUAGUUUACAGCCCACACAUAACCUGGGUCAAGCCCGCAGUUCAUCAGAGCCUAGGCAGGUCCAGCAAGAGAAUGAACAGAUUGGUAACUACAACUCCAGCACCUUGCCUCGACCUUUGAACAACUUUCCUCAAGGUCAUGGUCACUUGUCCAACCAGCCAUUUAUGAUGCAGCACCCGGCCUCAGUGGCAGGACUGACAGGUCCUGUCUAUGGUAGCCCCAGUCAGUACAUUCCCUCACCCGGGCAGGCAGGCAUGCCGCCCACAGCCCAGCAGUAUGGCAGCUAUAUCAUGGGCCCUGGGGGCAUGCCCCAGUAUCAACACAGCCCACCCCAGAUGUAUUCUCCAGGGGUCCAUUCCAUGUACCAAGGCCAUCCAGGUCAGCCCUACCCCGGGGCACAGCACAUAGUUUCCCCCCAGUCACAGCAACCAAUACCUUACUCCACUGUCUACUCCUCCCCUACAACACAUUUUCAGCCUGUGCAGCCCCUAGCCGCCACCUACACCACCUCCGCCCAUCAACAUGUGGCUUACACCCCUCCCAGCUCCCACCCAGCCAACUUCCUGCCUGCUUCAUACCCUCCCCAGCAACAGCAGGUGCUACAGACUGGUAUAGAGUCUUUGCCAAUGCAACCAGUCCAGACUGGAUCUAGUCAAGUUAACCAGUCCAGAGGACAGCCAAAUGUUACGACUGAUUCACUAGGGUCUACUGCUGAAGUAAGUCAACCUUAUGUUCCAAAAAGUGACAGGCAAAUGACUAAUGAUAAUACUGAAGCAGAUCAGAAUGGAUUCUUUGUGUCAAUGAAUGAAGGUUCACCAAGAAGAAUGAAGGCAAAACCACAGCUAAGUGAUAGAAGAGCAAAAAAUGACUCCUUUUCAAGUGAUAAAUCAGAUUCUUCCAAUAAGACAUCAGAAAGUGUGGAGACUAGUAAUAAAACAGAUACAAACAAGUAUGGCUCCUCUGUGAUAGCUGACUUUGCCCAGGACAUGAGCAGGGGUCAAGAUGUUUCCCCUGCUGCAAAGGCCCCAGGGGGUGAUACUAGUGUACAGGAGCCUGUUGCGGAUACCAGUCAUCAAUCUGACACAUCAGCGGUGGGGUUUGUGAUUGGCCAGGAUGAGAGUACGCUGGAUCAGAGUGCUGAGGAGGAGAUGCAGCGACGUAAAGAAAAAUUAGAAAAAAUGAGGCUAAAACGUCAAGAGGAGGCUGAGAAGAAGAGGCUACGAUUAGAGCAGGAGGCCGCACGACGUAGGGAGGCAGAACAGAUGAAGCAGGACGAGAGUGAGCGCCGUAAGUCGUCGGAUAAGGCCCGACGAGAGGCGAUAUUCCAACAGUACAUUAGUAAGAAAGAAGAGGACGAUGAUUCCGUAAAGCCCCGCACCAAACAGAAACCAAGGCCCAAGUCCAUGUUUGUCAAGGGCGGGCCAGACUUUACUGAAGGCGGAGCUAGUAGUACAGAGGACCUGACAUCUCGUGCCAGCGUUGAACCUGCUGGUCAAUCGUCGAAUGCUACAUCAUCCAAAGGUCCUCGAAAUACUAGAAACUCCCUUGCCCCCCCUUCUAAAAAACAGUCCAUGCGAAAAGCAGUGUCCAUGAACACCCUUCACAACGGAGGAGGUGACGGCAAACCCCUGGCAUACGGUGGACUCACCCACCGGCGACCUCCAUCACCUGACCUUUACCGCACGAGGAAAGGGCCAAGGUCAAACGAGGGUUCGGAGACAGGCUCCGCUCAUGGGUCAGAGUAUUCGGGUCCUAAGCUGUUCGUGAGGCCGAGUGCGAAGUCCAAUCGUCACAUUAUCACCAACGCCAUCUCACACUGUUGUUUGGCCGGCAUUGUGAACACAGAUCAGAAAAACAAGGUCUUGGAGGAGAUUGCCAAGUCCAAUGCGAAGCACUUCAUUAUACUGUUCCGUGAUGCGAGUUGCGGGUAUCGGAGCCUGUACGGGUUUGAUCCUGACACAGAGGACUGUGUCAAAAUUAUCGGCGUUGGACCGCGUUUUAUUCAGCAUGACAUGGUGGAGAAAUACUUCAAGUACAACUCUGGAGCGAAGUCCUUCUCCGAGGUUGUCUCCACCAAGCAUAUCUCUGUCUCCAUAGAUGCCAUAUCUCUACAGAACUCGGUCUGGAAACCAUUAAAACCUCCUGCAAAAGCCAACAGAUAAGAUAGCCUCUAAUGUGAUAGCUCCAUGACAGAACCUUGGAUAGUGGGAUACAUCCAUAACAGUAGCAAGGACACCUCCUGAUUGGAUAGUUCCAGAAUAAUAGCUAGAUUUCCCCUUAAUGGGAUAUCUCAAGAAGAAUAGCUAGGAUAUCCAUUUAUUGGAGAACUGCUUAAUAAUAAGUAGGAUGCCCCAUUAUGGGAUAACUCCAUGAUAAAAAUAGUGUAGCCCAUGUAGGGAGAUCUCUGCUAAUAACCAGGAAACCCCCUAAUAGGAAUAGCCCCCAAUGGGAGAACUCCAUGAUAAAAAAGUAGAGAACUCUGUGCUAAUAACCAGGAAAAAAAAACCUGUAAUUGGGGAACGCCUUGACAGUAACUAGGGUAGCUCCUACAGGGGGCUAUACCAUUAUAAUAGUAAGGUAACUUUCUGACCGUAUAGCUAAAUCAUAGUAGCUAGAAACCUACGCUGUACUUAGUAAAACAUUGUCCACAUAAAUGCAUUGUAAUAGUACAAUUCUGAUGUACCCAGCAUGCAGAAUGUGGUCUGGUAACCUUGCACCAUUCCUGCCAUGUUGAUGGUGUUGGAAUAGCUGACAGUACACACGUAUAUCUCCUGUUAACGGCUCCAUAUACCAAGUAUUAUACAUGUUUUUGUUAUACAACUAUUAGAUGAAUGUUAAUAGUGGUUUUAAACAUGUAUAGUAUGGAAUUAAGUCUAAAAAACAAUAUAAGAUGAUGUAUAUUGUAAAUAUUUCGAUAUUCAUUUUAUUUCAAUACAAAUGUUCAUUCUUUUUCAUAUACUUUUUUAAAUAUAUGUAUAUAUAUCGGAAAACUAUACUUUUAAGAAUACACAUUGUAUUGAUGAAUUUCUGACUCCUUCUUUGGAAUCUGAUCUGAGUUUUUUUCUGCAUAAAUGGUCAUUAUAAAAAGGAGGCGAAUGUUUGAAGUCAAAAGGGAACCUGACAGCAUGUAGGUCAUAAAACAGGGUUGAACAUUCAUUUUAUCAGCUCAUUAACGGUGAUUUGUUCAGGAGAGAUAUUUGUUUUAGUUUAUUUUAUUGCAUGUUGAUGGGUGCUUCUCUUUUCGUUAAUAGUCUAUGAGAUAUCAAGGUCUGUUGGACAUGUAUAUGUUGCUCUCCUUUUUAACUCAUUAAUGGAAGUAUACAAUGUUGAAAAUGAAUAGAAAUGUAAAUGGUGGAUUGAAUUCAGAUAUGUAAUUAUUGUGUUCCAUCAAACUUGGCUUAAAGCAUCUGUUUUUGUAAUGUAAGUUUCAAAUGUAAAAUCUUCUUCAUUUUCACUCAGGCUUACUGUCAGUCUGUCAUAAUAGUAUGAUAAAACUGGCACGUUUGUUGUGAAAGUGCGCCAUUCUUAAACUGUCUAUGCUAAAGCCAUGAGUGACAAUUAAUACUUCCUACUUCAUCAUCUCAUGUGUUUUCAUCUCGACUGUAGCCAUGAAGAAUGUUCUUAAUGAUGCAUUAUAUGUGUCACUGUUGUUACAACAUAUGCUUGCCUUAGCCAAGUGCUGUAUGUGAUAUUUGUGUAGGUCUCGUUGAUUUAUAUCCUUCUCCUGUAUUGAGGGAUUCAUGCAGUACUGUAUUAACUUCAUAUAUAAAUACAGAUAGUUAGUACAGUCUCGUGUUUCGAGUGAUGCCUUGGAGACUGUAUUUACUUCAUCUAUGAAUACAGGUAGUGAGUACAGUAUUGCUGGCGAUCAUUGAAAUGUAUUAUUUCUGUCUCAUAGUUCUGUUGUGAUGUUCUACAUGACAGUUUAUUGUUACGUUCUGUGUUCAGUAAGACAAUUUACACAUUGUAGGCAUUGUAAGAUGACACAUUUAUACAUGGAGGGUCGAUAGUGAAAACGUCCUGUCUGUUUCUUUAUCAAAUAUCACUUCAAACCUUUCCGUUUUCACCCCUUCAUAUAUAAAUGCUAAAUCAUUGUAUAUGAGGAAGUUAAAAAAAACGUGCUCUGUAUGUUGAUGUAUCAUUGUACUUUCUCAAAGUUGAAUGUUGUGGCCAUUUAAGUAAGCUGAAGAGUGUUGUUUUCUACUUGUGUUUAUGUCACGAUAGUUAAUGAUCAUUUAAUUGAUGCUGAGAUAUAAUUCCUUUUCUCUUUAUUGCUCAAAUAAUUGCUGCUUGUUUCCGUGGUUGUAAUGCCUGUGUUGUUAAGUUCUGGUUGUUUAUGUUUACAUGUAGAUAUUAACUAUUUGUUUACCUGUAAAGCUUGUUCAGCCCGUGAAUUUGUUUGCAUAUCACUUUUUUAGCUUGUCAGAUAAAACAAGGUUUUCAAAUAUCUUACAGCUGACUUGGACAGUUAUUUUAGUUCAUCUUAUUCAAGCAAUGGUCAUUAUAUUGUUUGUAGUUCCAUUUUUUUUUGUAUUUCUUCUUGGUUAAGGUUUUAAUUUAGCAUUUUCUGAUAACCAAAUCCGAUGGGUAUGUGUCAAUGGGCAAUGGUUUUGUUAAUCAUCUUUUUGGUUUGUAGUAGUAAUAAAGUAUUUUUGACAAUUUUCUUAUAAAUAUAACUAAACUGUUACCUCAAUUUAUAAUAUUUGUACAUGUAUAUUCUGAAAACCAAGUUAGAUUCCUUUGUUUUUUUCUUCUCAUAAUUAAAGUGAAUGCUAUUGUUAAAUAACAGCACCUUUGAUUCAUGCACUCAUGUGCAUAUGUCACUGACUCUAAAGUCACUCUGAUUUAUCCAUUUAGAAUAGCUGGCUACCUUGGUUUUUAUAUAGGCUGUAUCAGCUUAAACUUAUGUUUAAUUCCUUCAUACUUAGUCUUGUGAUAAUAAUACUGAAGUACAUGUAGUUGUAAAAUUUUGGUCCUUGGUACAAACAUUGAGAGUGUGAGAAAUCAAGCCAAGUGAGUUUACCAAGGAUAUUUGAGUUCAACCAAGGAUAUCCGAGUUGAUCGAAGGAUAGAUAUCUGAGUUCACCAAGGAUAUUUGAGUUCAACCAAGGAUAUCCGAGUUGAUCGAAGGAUAGAUAUCUGAGUUCACCAAGGAUAUUUGAGUUCAACCAAGGAUAUCCGAGUUGAUCGAAGGAUAGAUAUCUGAGUUCACCAAGGAUAUUUGAGUUCAACCAAGGAUAUCGGAGUUGAUCGAAGGAUAGAUAUCUGAGUUCACCAAGGAUAUUCGAGUUUAAUCAAGAAUAUUUGAGUUCAACCAAAGAUAUUCGCGUUCAACCAAGAAUAUUUCAGUUCAACCUAGUAUAUUUGAGUUAAACCAAGGAUAUUCGCGUUCAACCAAGUAUAUUUUAGUUCAACCAAGGAUAAUCAUGGCUGUUUUGUUGGGAUUGACAAUUAUCAGCUGUUAGAAUCUCUGAUAAGACCACACUCAUUCAUUUAGUUAACCAGUUAUUAAGACCACACUCAUUUAUUUAGUUAACCAGUUAUUAAGACCACACUCAUUCAUUUAGUUAACCAGUUAAGACCACACUCAUUCAUUUAGUAAACCGGUUAUUUUAGUUUCUCCUCUAGAUUAAAUAUGUGUUUGUUAUACUGGUGAAAGUGCUUCCAUGAUGAAGUAUUACAUGUAUAGUGGUAUUCUCAGCAAUGUGCUGGUGAUCUGCUAGAUUUAAGAGACAUGAAACAUUAAUUGUUUAUAUUAAAGUGGCACUUGUAAGCGCAUUGUUUAAUGUAGGAGGUAGGGUUUAGUUUAUAUCCACUUGUUUCAUUAGAAAUAAACAAUAGAGACAUACUAUUUUAUUAGAUACAUUGUAAAUGCUUUCUGUUGUUGGGCAUAAGUACAGUAUUGUAUUAUGGUACUUGAUGGUACUUUUGAUUUUGUGGAAAUGGUGAAAAAAAUGAAUAAUUCUGAUUAAAUCAGUCUAACCUCAAAGCUUGCUUAAAAUUCAGUUAAUGAAUUGUAAUUUUGUUUAAAACAGUGUUGUUUCUUGUUUGAUACGCUCACUGUUAAGAGGUUAUGGUUUCUGAUAAUUUAAAUCAAUAAAACCUUUUAUUGAUUAUUUUCUUAUUGAAUGCAAGUUCCCUAUACAUAAAGGUUUUAUAGAGUGAUUGAAGUCAAUAUCUGAAAUGGCCUCAGUCUCGGAACCUAUAAAGUGCUUAAAAAGUUGUUUUAUAAAAAAAUAUUUUACUUUAUAACGUGCUUCUUGGUGUUGUGAUGUUAUUAUGAAUCCUGAAUAUUUAUAAUAAUUAUAAAUGUGAUUUUCCACUCAAGUGCUUAUGUACUUUGUAAGUUCAUUAUUUGUCAUUAUUUAUGCAGUUACUAGAAUCUUAUUUAUUUGAUAUCUCGCACCUUUGUGCUAAAUAAUUAUUUGUAUUCUACACCAUAUAAUUGUGAUGCUAGCUGUUGAAAACGCAGUCUUAUUUAUUUGAAAAUAAAUUUGAUAAAGCUUA